AGUUAGUCACUCCGCUGGGAGAGGCCUCGGCUGUCCCAAAACCACACUCCCCGCGCAUGCGCACAGUCGCGGGUGUUCACCACAUUGGAGCGUCGCUGCUGAACUCUCGGAAGUUAAGUUGCAGUGAUUUUAGCCCGACAGCUAGCAUCGUCCCACCGCAGAAAACUCGGCAAAACGCGACAAAAAAGUUAUUUUGUUCGGCAGCUGUUCCCGCGCAGCGAGACUACCGGACACUACCGAUGGAUUCAAACCGUUUGUCGGUGUUUAAUCGGCGGGAACACGAACAUUAAAGCCUCGGAGAGAAGUUGUGAUUGUUGUUUUGGCGGAAAGAUGGAGGCGCUGCUAACGCUAACCGCUACCUGCUAACUAACUGCUAACUGUUGUUGUGUUCACUGUGGUUUCACUCGGAGUUGCCCAAAACUUCCCCUGAAGUCCGGAGAGUACCACCGCCCUGACUGUAGCUGCUGUUGAUGUCUACAGACCAACUAAAGAAUGAGCGUCCCUCAGACUCUGAGGAUGGGACCAGGGCUACCGGAGGCAGGAUCUAGACAUCAGAUGGUGCUCUGAAGAAGCCAUGGGUAGCUGUUUAAGCUGUCCAGAGAAAGAGUCAAUUCCAGAUAAUCAUCAAAGUAAAUUUAAGGUGAUAAACGUGGACGACGAUGGGAACGAGUUGGGAUCAGGUGUGAUGGAGCUGACCGAUGCUGAGCUCGUCCUCCACACUCAUCGCCGUGACGACGUGCGGUGGCCUUACCUGUGCUUACGGCGCUACGGCUACGACUCCAACCUGUUCUCGUUUGAGAGCGGACGCCGCUGCCAGACGGGUCAAGGUAUUUUUGCGUUCAAAUGUUCCCGAGCCGAGGAGAUCUUCAACAUGCUGCAGGAGGUGAUGCACAGCCACAGCAUCAGUGUUGUGGAGGAGGCAGUGCUGGAGCCCAGCCACACUCCUACAGCGUUGGGGUACUCGGUGCCCUCGGUUCCUAACGGUGUGUCCAGGAUCCCGUCUGUGGGCGAGGCCCCGUCUCACCCCUCCAGCCGCCACCCGUCGGUGGCCAGCACCCGUCUGCCCUCUGUGGGGGAGGAGUCCACCCACCCGCUGCUGGUGGCCGACGACGCGGUGCACACGUAUGUGAACACCGCGGGUCUCCUGGAGGAGCAGCCGAGCCCGCUGACGGUGACCACGCCGCUGGAGAGCCCGGCCUCGCCGCAGCCUCAGAGUCCCCCGACCCCCCCGCCUCCCCCCCGCCAUCGCUGCGAGCCGCCGCCCCCCCCGCCGGAGCCGCAGGUGCUGCUGGAGCCGGGGGGGGCCCGCUUCGUGCUGGGCCCGACGCCGGUCCAGAGGCAGCUGAUGGAGAAGAGGCAGCAGGAGACGGGCGAGGUGGCCGAGACCACACGCACACACCCACACACCGCACAGCCCGGCACAGACCAUACAUCGUGUGUGGAGAUGGACGCCGGCGCGGCGAACCGGGGCGCGUCGGACGGCAGCAACCCGCACACGCCGCGCACCCCCACCUCGCCGCCGCCGCCCAGCACGCCCACCCGGCGCACCGAGCUCUACGCCCUCAUCGACAUCGAGCGCACCGCCGCCAUGUCCAACCUGCAGAAGGCCCGGCCGCGGGACGACGGCACCUCGCGCAAGACGCGGCACAACAGCACCGAGCUGCCGACCAAAAGCACCGCGUGACCCGCGCCUGACAGAGAGGGGCGGGGCUUCUUUCUGCCACUUCCUGUCAGAGGGGCGGGGCUUCUUUCUGCCACUUCCUGUCAGAGGGGCGGGGCUUCUUUCUGCCACUUCCUGUCAGAGAGGGGCGGGGCUUCUUUCUGCCACUUCCUGUCAGAGAGGGGCAGGGCUUCUUUCUGCCACUUCCUGUCAGAGGGGCGGGGCUUCUUUCUGCCACUUCCUGUCAGAGAGGGGCGGGGCUUCUUUCUGCCACUCUUUCCUGUGAGAGACAGACAAACGGAGACAGACUCCCCCUGAACACGUCUUAAUGAGAUAUAUUGACUUGCUGCCGCUCAGACAGACCUCGGUACUCGCUGUGUGGCGGUGUGUUGCCGUGGCGAUGUAAUACCUCUCUGGGUAAUGUUAAUAAGACUUCCUCUUUAUAUGGUACACAUCAGUAUUACUGAACAAAGCAUUCCAUUUAGCCUUUUAUACGAUCACUACAUGCUGCUGUAACCACACGGUACAAUACGUUAUGUCUCAAUAUGUACAGUAGAUUCUGGCGCAAUAAAUGUUCUGUGUUUAUAUGUACUCGCCGAGAA